AUGACGUGUGGCGAUUUGGUGCGCAUUUCGGGGUUGAAGAGGCGGAGGAGGAGGAGGAGGAAGGGGGCUCUUCGUCUUCGGCAAGUUAGGGUUUUGAUCAACUGGAAUCGGUUUCGGUUUCCGUUUCGGUGUUUUUGGGUGGAGGUUUGGGUUUUGAUCGAGGGGGGUUGGUGGGGAGGGGAGGGGAGGGGAUGGAACGAGUUCGUGGUCAUCAAUGCCGAUGAUUCCGGGAGGAACAAAUCCUCUCAAGAUCGAAGCGGCCGGAUCUGCAAAAUAUGCGGGGACGAGAUCGAGAUUCUUCGGGAGGAGAAUGAGCCCUUUGUUGCUUGCAAUGAGUGUGCAUUCCCUGUAUGCAGGACUUGCUAUGAAUAUGAGAGGAGGGAGGGCACUCAAGCUUGCCCUCAAUGCAAGACGCGAUACAAGCGUCAAAAAGGUAGUCCAAGAGUAGAGGGUGACGAGGAAGAAGAUGGCGAUGAGGAUAUUUAUAAAGAAUUUAGUUUUGAUGGUAUUGAUUGGAAUAACAAAAUCGGAUUAUCUGAUUUGAAGCUUCACAGACAAUUUAGUGUUGGAGAGAGUUCUAGUAGUGGGUCGGGCUUUGUGGCUCGUAGCGUGCCUUUUACUGGUGAAAACAUCCCACUAUUGACUUAUGGUGACGAGUUUGGCGGCAUUUCUUUGGAUAACCAUGCUCUCAUUGUUUCUCCGCAUAUGAGUUAUGGAGGACAACUAGUGUCUUCUAGUUAUUCACAAUCGAGACCAAUAAACCCUAACAAGGACAUAUCAGUUUAUGGCUAUGGAUCUGUUGCAUGGAAGGAUCGAAUGGACGAAUGGAAAAGAAAGCAGGUGGAGAAGAUCCACAAGGCUCAAUCCGGCUUUGGAGACGGUGGAGGCUAUGAAAGAUAUGAAUUGGAAAAUCCUGAUUUGCCUAUGUCUGAUGAGAGCAGGCACCAAUUGUCAAGGAAGCUACCACUUGCCUCUAGCAAGAUAAAUCCAUACAGGAUAGUUAUAUUGCUGAGGCUUGUGAUACUCGGCUUCUUUUUCCACUAUAGACUUUUGAAUCCAGUCCCAGAUGCGUAUGGCCUGUGGCUGACCUCAGUUAUAUGUGAAAUUUGGUUCGCUGUUUCGUGGAUUCUCGACCAAUUCCCUAAAUGGUGCCCUAUAGAGCGAGAGACAUAUUUGGACCGUUUGUCACUAAGGUAUGAGAAGGAAGGAAAGCCAUCGGAACUAGCUGAUAUUGAUAUAUUUGUUAGUACUGUAGAUCCUAUGAAAGAACCUCCGCUAAUCACUGCAAAUACAGUUCUAUCCAUUCUCGCUGUGGAUUACCCUGUUGAGAAGGUUUCCUGCUAUGUGUCGGAUGAUGGUGCUUCUAUGCUAACCUUUGAAGCACUUUCUGAAACCUCUGAGUUCGCAAGAAAAUGGGUGCCAUUCUGUAAAAAGUUCAAUAUUGAACCUCGUGCUCCUGAAUGGUACUUCGCCCAGAAGAUUGAUUAUCUGAAGGAUAAAGUCCAUCCGGAUUUUGUGCGGGAGCGGCGUGCAAUGAAGCGAGAGUAUGAAGAAUUCAAAGUGCGAAUUAAUGGAUUAGUUGCCAUGGCCCAAAAGGUUCCUGAAGAAGGGUGGUCGUUGCAGGAUGGAACUCCUUGGCCCGGAAAUAAUGUAAGGGACCAUCCGGGGAUGAUUCAGGUCCUUUUGGGACACAAUGAUAUAGUUGAUGAGGCCGGAUGUGAGCUCCCGCGCUUGGUUUAUGUCUCACGGGAGAAAAGACCAGGGUAUAAUCACCAUAAAAAAGCUGGUGCCAUGAAUGCUUUGGUGCGGGUUUCAGCUGUUAUAUCUAAUGCUCCUUUCGUUUUGAACGUCGACUGUGACCACUACAUAAACAACAGCAAAGCUCUCCGAGAAGCUAUGUGCUUUUUGAUGGAUCCAGUGUCGGGAAAGAAAAUCUGUUAUGUGCAAUUUCCUCAAAGAUUCGACGGUAUUGACCGGCACGACAGAUAUUCAAAUCGCAACGUCGUGUUUUUUGAUAUUAACAUGAAAGGUCUUGAUGGGAUACAAGGACCGAUCUAUGUCGGGACGGGAUGUGUUUUCAGAAGACAAGCUUUAUAUGGAUUUGAUGCUCCGGUUAAUGAGAAACCUCCUGGUAAAACUUGCAACUGUUGGCCAAGAUGGUGCUGCUUAUGUGGUGGAUCGAGAAGGAAAAAUAAAAAAGCUAAUCGGAAUCAGGCGAAGAAUAAGAAGAAAUCGAAGCAUCGGGAGGCUUCUACUCAAAUACACGCGCUUGAAACUAUUCAAGAGGAAGUUAACGGAAAAGAAGGCGAUAGUUCACCCUUAGUUCCUCGCGAAAAGCUUGAGAAGAAAUUUGGGCAAUCACCCGUCUUUGUGGCUUCCACUCUAAGAGAGAAUGGUGGAAUAGUUAAAACCAAUCUCACCGAAUGUCUUAGUGAGGCUGUGCAUGUAAUAAGUUGCGGCUAUGAAGAUAAGACUGAAUGGGGAAAAGAGGUUGGGUGGAUAUAUGGAUCAGUCACUGAGGACAUUCUAACCGGUUUCAAAAUGCAUUGCCAUGGUUGGCGGUCAGUUUAUUGUAUACCGAAAAGACCGGCUUUUAAGGGUUCUGCUCCUAUUAACCUUUCUGAUCGUCUUCAUCAAGUUCUGCGAUGGGCCCUCGGAUCCGUGGAGAUUUUCUUAAGCAAGCAUUGCCCAAUAUGGUAUGGCUAUAGAGGUGGUUUGAAGUGGUUGGAGCGAUUUUCUUAUAUUAACUCUGUCGUCUAUCCGUGGACUUCGAUUCCGUUGAUUGCGUACUGUAGCUUGCCAGCAAUCUGCCUUCUGACUGGGAAAUUCAUCGUGCCCGAGAUGAGCAUCUAUGCGAGCAUAGUAUUCAUGGCCCUCUUUGUAUCGAUUGCCGCGACCAGCAUCCUUGAGAUGCGAUGGGGCAAGGUGGGCAUCGAUGACUGGUGGAGAAACGAACAAUUCUGGGUAAUCGGUGGUGUCUCCUCCCACCUCUUCGCCCUCUUCCAGGGCCUGCUCAAAGUCCUCGCCGGCAUCGAAACCAACUUCACCGUCACUUCCAAAGGAGGGGACGACGGCGACUUCUCUGAACUCUACAUCUUCAAAUGGACUUCCUUGCUAAUCCCUCCUAUGACUCUUCUCAUACUCAACAUUAUUGGAGUUGUUUCGGGAAUUUCGAAUGCGAUUACUACAGGUUAUCAAUCCUGGGGCCCGCUUUUCGGUAAGCUAUUCUUCGCCUUCUGGGUCAUUUUACAUCUUUACCCUUUCCUCAAAGGGAUGAUGGGUAAGCAAGAUAGGGUCCCCACAAUCGUUGUGGUGUGGUCUACACUUCUCGCAUCGAUUUGUUCGCUUUUGUGGGUUCGAGUGAACCCCUUCGUGGGUAAGUUCGACGGGCCCGUGCUAGAGGUUUGUGGCUUGGAUUGCAAGUGAGGAGAAAUAAGAACAUGUGAAUUACAUGGUUUUUGUAGUUGGGAGUUGCAUAAGAGAUGGUUUAGUUUCGAUAGGUUGAUUAUUCAUUUUGUUUGUUUUCUUUGUUUUCUUCUUCAUGUUGUUGUUUAGACCGCAAAGUGUGUUUAGUAUCAGGGCGUGCGUGGGAAGGCAAAAGCGAAAAACGAAAAAAUGAAAAAAAAAGAAAAGGGUGAGCGUUUCUCAUGGGUGUAUAGAUGUCGCAAUUGGAACGACAUGUUGCUGUUUUCUCAUUUAUAAUCCGCUUUUAUUGAUUCAUUCGUAAACAUUGCGUCUUCGUUCUUUUCACCAAAUGGUGAAGUGUUGAUGUGUUCAGUUCAGCUAUGUUGGUGUGGUUCCUACAGCUAAGAAUUAUGAAACGGUAAGCGGUAUUAACAGUGCCGAUUCGAUUACUUAUCUGACAGAUCCAUUGUAUUGACUCAAAGAUUCAGGCUGUUUCUUUGAUGAAGAACAAGAAAAAUGCUUUGUAAACAUCAAUUUGCUUCUGGAAAGCUUAUUUCUGUAAACUCUUAAAACUCUUGCUGCUAAAGGUUAGCUAUAACAUUUCUGGUUCUUCAA